GAACUCCAAAACAAUUUACACCCUCUGUAAAUUAAUCUCCUCCUCAUCAUUACCAUGUAUAGUCAAUUCCUCUACAACUAUCCAACUCUAACACUUUCUACAAUCCAUGCCUUAACACCCAUAUCCUUGAAGCAUCACUUCACUCCAAACCUAACAACAAAGCCUCUUUAUUUGCAUCUUCAACAAAAGAAAUCAAGAACCUUUAUAAGUUGUACAGCAAAUAGUGAUAGUGUUAAGGGUGCAGUGAACUGGCCAGAAUUGCUUGAGAAAUGGUCACCAAAAAAAUUUCUUGGUGCAGAUAAGUUAUUUAGAGCUAUAUCUGGAGCAACUUCUAGCCCCAUUGCUCAGUACAUACCUUCUCCUUUCACUUUUGUCCACUCUGUUGACCCCAGAAUCAAAUUGGCAUGGCUCUUUACUCUGGUUAUUUUACCGGCAAAAUCAAAUGUAAUCAUGCGUUUGUCAUUGGUUGCAUACUUAGCUAUACUAUCUAUUUUGGUCCAGCCUGCACAAGUGUGGAAGGAUCAACUCGGGAGAGUCGCACUGCUGUCCGGGAUCUUAUUUAUAAUGUUGGGCCUAAGUACUGACAGUGCACCUUCCCUCAUCUCUUCAAGAGCUCCCCCAGCUUCAAUGAUGGGAUUACCACCUUUUCCUGCAUCUUUGGAAGGUUAUAAAUAUGUAAUCUUGAAGCUGGGGCCAUUACAACUCACCAGAAAAGGCUUAUCAACGGCUACUACAUCAGCAUGUUUAACCUUCACUAUCUUCCAAAGUGCAAGUGUAUUCCUAUCAACCACAACACCGGAGCAGAUAGCUUUUGCCUUACGGUGGUUCAUAUCCCCUUUGGCCAACCUUGGUGUCCCUGUUGCUGAAGUUAUCCUUACUCUCCUGCUCUCCUUGAGAUUUAUCAAUCUUGUGUUUGAUGAGGUACGAAACGUUGCACUUGGUAUUGUAUCUCGUAGGAUUAAUUGGCAGCAGUUGACAACUUUGGAGACAAUAGAUGUUUUCUUCACAUAUAUUCGUCGGAUAUUCAGAAAUAUUUUUGUUCACGCAGAGCAGAUAUCUCAGGCAAUGAUUGUUAGAGGUUUUCGAGGGGACAGCACCAUUCACAAAAUAUUCUUGUCAGCAGACUCAUCUAGUAGACUUGCAAAUUAUAUCUCCAUAUCAUGCCUUUUUGGUCUAAUAACCUUAGUCACUUUGCCCAAGUACCUUGUAUAAUAAAACAUGACUAUUCAUCUGAAAAAAGAUCCAUCGUUUGACCUUUUAACCUUCAACUAUCUUAACCUCCUAAACAGCGAAUAAUUUCCUUGUCUGCACCUUGUAGUCGAACUUCUUUCUCCUCUCCUUCCUCCACAUUUUGACUCCUUUCCUAGAAAGUUGGAUUCCUUUCCUAGCAGAUGCCCAUGGAAAAGAAAACUGGCCAAAACAGUUUUCUUUAUCAAUUGAAAGCGGCGGACCAAUAAUUAUCCUAAUCCCAAAAGUUCGCUGGUUGCUGUCUCCCUUUAUCGGUGAUGAGCGUUGAAGUUGUUACUGACAUGGCAGCUGCUGAGAUGGCGAUGGAAGUGUUUGGACCUGGUUGCCCAUUACAUAAAGGUUAUCGAUACAUAACAUUUCUGGCUGACAAGUUACUUCUCCUGGAAUCUCAAUAUGACGUUCCGGAUUUUCUCUGUAUCAGGAGAUGGUAUUUUUAAACAAGUUCCGCUCAUAGAGAAGCUAACUGAUGAUUACCAACUUACAAACAGUAUUAGUCUUUUAAGAAAAUCAUCAAAUCUUUGUGUAAUCAGCGGUCACUGAAAUCAUUGUAGCUUUGCGAGCUGCCGAGCCGGCACAUUCCUUAAUUUAUGUGAAGGCACCAUUGAAGUGUUGUCUGUAUGAUACCUGAAAUGUAGGGAACUUUUGGUACCUGAAAAUAGUGAAAGAACCAGAGUGGUCAUUUUUUUUUUUUUU